AUGCGCCAGACCCUUCUCGUGCUCGUCUCGGGGCUUGUGGCAACUCAUGCCCACAACCUUCCCCGAAACUUCCGCCACCACGAUGUCCCCGAUAUCCUGAGUGCGUUGGAUGAUGUUGGUACUACCACUGACUGUGAUACCCUUACCACCGAUAUCUACUCGACCGAAGAGUCUUCUCUUGAAGCAGGUUCGUCUGAGGUUGAACCUACAGUCUCUGGUUCCUACUCUCUGGACCUGGACAUUGAGUCGUCUGGACUGAAGCUGAUUUGGAGCAGCUUGUCCUCCACCGGUUGGGGCUACACUAACCUGACGUCAGUUGAAGACACCAGUGCUGCUCCCACUGACGAGCAGCCCACGGUCAUCCCCACCGUGAUCACCACUACCGACUGGGUCGUCGAGUGUGCCGAACCUACGGUGCUCACUUACACCAAGUGCACCAACGACAAGUGCUCCCCGACCCACCACCACGUGCCGCUGCCUACUACCACCACCAUCUCCGGCGAGUGUAUCGUGGAGACGUCGUACACCAAGACCAAGACCCACCCGCCGACGACGAAGCCGACGAAGCACUCGAGACCGCCGCACCCCCGGCCGUCGAAGCCGCCCCACUCAAAGCCGCCUGGUCCUCCUGGUCCUCCUCACCCUGACACCGAAGGCGAAUGCCAGCCGACGGCUACGGAAACGGUGACGCUGGUGGAGACUAAGGUCGUCUACCAAACCGAGGUGCACACGGAAACGUGUACUGAGACCACCACUGAGACUACCACCGAGACCGCCGCUGAGACUACCACUGAGACUACCACUGAAACCGUUUCUGUUACUGCCACCGUCGUCGAAGGCUCGACUUGUCCUCCCGCUGAGACGAUUACUGCUCCUGGCACUACCGAAACGUGUACUGUUACUGUUCCUGGCGAGGCCGAAACGGUCACUGUUCCUGGUGAAGCCGAAACGGUCACUGUCCCUGGUAAUGAAGCUACUGUCACUGUUCCUGGCCAAGAAGUCACCGUCACUGCUCCUUGCGAAGCCGCUACCGUCACUGUCGCUGGCGCUACGGAAACCGUCACCGCUGCCGGCGCUACCGAAACGGAGACUUGCACUAUUACUGUGCCCGGUCAAGAAGUUAAUGUCACCGCUCCUGGUCAAGAAGUCACUGUGGUCGAAGGCACUACUUGCCCUGCUCCGGAAACUGUGACUGCUCCCGCCGAGACUGUGACCUUGCCCGGUGCUCCUGCCGAGACCGUGACUUUGCCUGGUCAAGAAGUCACUGUUACCGUCCCUGGUGAAGCCGUUACCGUCGUUGAAGGUAGCACUUGUGCGCCUGCUGAGACGGUGACUGCUCCCGCUGAGACCGUAACUUUGCCUGGUGAAACCGUGACUUUGCCCGGUGCCACUGAAACCGUUACCGUUCCUGGUGAACAAGUAACUGUGCCGGGUGCUACUGUCACUGUCGCCGGUGCCACCGAGACCGUCGCUGGUGCCACUGACACCGUCACUGAGACUGCUCCCGGCGCUACCGUUACCGUCCCCGGUGGUGAAGCUACCGUCACCGUCCCUGGCGCCGAAGCUACCAUCACUGAGACCGUUACCCUUGCUGGCGAACGUGUCACUGUUUCCGGUGAAACCGUUACCGUCGGUGGUGAGACUGUGACCGUGCCUGGUGCUCAAGAAACCGUAACUGUCGGUGGCGAAACCAUUACUUUACCCGGUGAACAAGUUACCGUCACUUCUCCUGGUGUCACUGAAACCGUGACUGCUCCUGGCGGGACUGUCACUAUUGGUGGCGAAACUGUUACUGUCGGUGGCGAAACUGUCACUGCUCCUGGCGUCACUGAAACUGUUACUGUUGGCGGCGAAACUGUUACUGCUCCUGGUGUGACUGAAACUGUCACUGCUCCUGGCGGAACUGUCACUGUCGGUGGUCAAACCGUGACCGUCGGCGGCGAAACUGUUACCGCUCCUGGACAAACUGUCACUGUCGGUGGUGAAACUGUUACUGUUCCCGGUGUGACUGAAACUGUUACCGCUCCUGGUGGAACCGUUACCGUUGGCGGUGAAACUGUUACUGUUCCCGGACCUGCUGAAACUGUUACCAUUGGUGGCGAAACCGUCACUAUUGGCGGUGCCACUGUUACUGUUGGUGAAACUGUCACCAUCGGCGGCGAGACCGUCACUGCUCCUGGUGAAACCGUUACUGUCCCUGGACCUGCUGAAACUGUCACUGUUGGCGGUGCCACUGAGACCAUUGCCGGCUCUACCGUUACUGAAAUCGCGACCGUUACCGUCCCUGGUGAAAACGCCACUGAGACCGUUAUUGUUCCUGGUGAAAAUGCCACUGUCACCGUUGCUGGACCUACCGAAACCGUCCCUGGUCAAACCGUCACUGAAACCGUUGCUGGUGCCACCGAGACCGUCGCUGGAGCCACUGAAACUGUUACUGCCCCCGCUGAGACCGUGACCUUGCCUGGUGAAAACGCCACUGUUACCAUCUCUGGUGAGGUUGUCACUGUCCCUGGCCAAGUUGUUACUGAAACCGUUCCUGGUCAAGUUGUUACUGAAACUGCUGCUGGCGCUACCGUUACCGAAACCGUCACCGUUGGCGGCGAAGUGACUGCUCCUGGCGUCACUGAGACCGUUACCGUGCCUGGUGCCACUGAGACCCUCCCCGGUGAAAACGUCACUGUCACCGAAUCCGUCAACGUCCCCACUACCGUGUUCGCUGGCACCACCUGUCCUGCCCCUGAGACCGUCACUUGCACCGAGACUGUUACCUCUGGUGAAACCGUGACUGCUCCUGGUGAAACCGUCACCAUUGGUGGUGAAACCGUCACCCUCUCUGGUGCCACUGUGACCGUUGGCGGCGAAACCGUGACUGUUGGUGGUGAAACUGUAACUAUUUCCGGUGAAGUUGUGCCCACUACUGUAUUCGGAAGCUCUACUUGCGUUGCUGAGACUGUUACCUGUACCGAAACCGUGACUGAAUCGGGUGCUACCGUUACUGCUCCUGGUGAGACCGUUACCGUUGGUGGAGAAACCGUCACUGCUCCUGGUGCCACUGAAACCGUCACUGUUGGUGGUGAGACUGUCACUGUUGGCGGCGAAACUGUCACUGUUGGCGGCGAAACUGUCACCCUCUCUGGCGCCACUGUUACUGUCGCCGAGACCGUCACUGUCCCUACUGUCGCCAGCUGCUCUGCCGCUGAGACCGUCACCUGCUUCGAAACCAUCACUGAAUCUGGUGCCACCGUGACUGUCCCCACUACCGUCGUCGAAGGCUCCACUUGUCCUGCUGCUGACACCGUCACCGUUUCUGGUCCUGGUGAAACUGUGACCGUUGGCGGUGAAACCGUGACUGUGUCCGGUGCCACUGUGACUGUCCCCACUACCGUCGUUGAAGGCUCCACUUGUACUGCUGCGGAAACCGUCACUUGCACUGAAACCGUCACUGAAUCUGGUGCUGUCGUCACUGCUCCGGGUGAAACGGUGACCAUUUCUGGUGACGUCGUCACGGCUCCUGGUGAAACCGUCACCAUCACUGAGGGUUCAAGCUGUCCUGCUGUUGCCACCGUUACCUGUUUCGAGACUAUCACCGAGUCCGGAGCUACCGUGACCGUGCCCACUACUGUUGGUGGAGAAUCUACCUGCCCUGCCGCUGAGACUGUCACCUGUACCGAAACCGUUACUGAAUCCGGUGGCGUGGUCACGGUGGUCGAAACCUCCGCCGGUGCUGCCGCAACUGUUACCGAGUACGUCUCUGCCUCCGGCGCCACCGUGACGGUGCCCACGACUAUUGUUGAAGGCUCUAGUUGCCCUGCCGCCGAGACCGUCACCUGCUUCGAGAAGGUGACUGUCCCUACCACCGUCAGUGGUGAAGGUACCACUUGCCCCACUGCUGACACCGUCACUUGCACUGAAACCAUCACUGCCUCAGGUGACACCGUUACCGUGCCCACUACCAUCUUCGGUGACUCUACCUGUGCUGCGGAAACCGUCACUUGCACCGAGACGAUAACCGCUUCGGGUGCUGGUGGUGAAACCGUCACUUGCACUGAGACCAUCACCGAGGCGCUGUCGUGUGCUGCUGCCACCACCGAGACCUGUUUCGUCACCGACACCGUCACUGAACAAGGCGCGGUGUCUACUGAAACCUGCUACGUCACCGAGACCGAAACCCAAGCGGCAUCGUGUCCUCCGGCUUCCGAUAGAACUACCACAGAAACUUGUACUGUCACUGAGACCGAGACCGAGCCGUGCACCAACGGCCCCACCACCGCUCACACUACUACCUGUACAGUGACUGAGACUGGAAACGCUGGUACUCCGCAAACGGUGACGUUGGUGUCGACUCAAGUGAUUCAAACUGGCGGUAACCAACAACCCCAGCCCACUACCAACGCCAACACCGCGCAGCAGACCCAGCCUGCCUCCAACAACUGGCGCCGCUACUUGUUCUAA